AACUUUUUCAAUCUUAGUGCAUAGUUAUUAUUACUACUUGUUAGAAUUCAUAAAAUUAUCACUGUUUUAUAUGUUAUCAUAAACAUUGAGAAAAUCUCCCCUCUUAGAUGCAACUAUAGCAUAGCAUAUUCUUAAGAAACAGCACAUCCACCAUAAUUGUAUAAUAAAUUGAAGAGAAUAUAGAGAAUAGAGAAAUGGAAGAAUAUAUUCAAAAGACAAUUGUGGUUGGAGUUUUUUCAUGGACAACAACUUUUCUUGUAAUGAGGAAAAUCUUUCCAAAACGUUCAUUUGAUUUCUCCAACAGGAUUGUCUCUACAAUUCAUGCAAUUUUAGCAGUAACAUUGGCUACUCUGUCUGUUCAAGAUUGGAAAUGUCCAAUUUGUCCUGUGGCCUCAGAUUCUUCUUACAAACAGAUGGAAGUUCUGGCAGUGAGCUUAUCAUAUCUAAUUUAUGAUCUAGUGUGUUGUUUAUUUGAUGAAAAAUUCAAUUGGGACAACACUAUCCACCAUUUGGUAAGCAUUGUUGGACUCAUAGCUGGCCUAUGCUAUCAAAAGUGUGGCUCAGAGAUGGUGGGGGCAGUGUGGGUAACAGAGAUGUCAAGCCCAUUCUUGCAUUUGAGGGAGCUUCUAAAGGAGCUUGGUUAUAAGGACACUCCUCUUAAUUUGACUGCAGAUAUUUUAUUUGCUUCAAUAUUUACAUUUGCUAGGAUGAUGAUUGGACCUUGUAUCACCUACGUAACAUUAACUUCCAAUAACCCAUUUCUCAUCAAGGCUAUGGGAUUGGGUUUGCAGCUGGUAAGUACAUUCUGGUUCUACAAAAUUGUAAGAAUGAUGAAAUACAAAUUAACCAAGAAAUCAUCAACAUCCAAAAAUGGCAUCAAGCACACCACCAACAUCAAAAGCAAGACAUCUAGCUAGCUGACAAUUCUACAUCAAUCAGUGUUUGAGAAUUUUAUGAAUCCAAUGAACGAUAUAAAGUACUUCAAAGUGGCCCCUUCAAUCAUUAAUUUGCUUGUGUGAAUUGAGACAUAAAUUUCGUACAUAUCUUCAUUGGACAAAUCUUGUUUUAAUAUUAUUAAAUUUAGAGGUUGCACACAAAAAACAUGAUGUGAUAACAUCAUAUGUGAGUAUGGUUCUUAAAGUAGAGCAACAGGGUUUAUUCAUCAAGGUUCACUAAGUGGAAUAGAGUCAAUUAGAUGAUUCAGAAAAUGUCAUACUUCCUAACCACACAAGUAAAGUAGUGUUACACCAUUCACAAGUUUUAUUUUCACCAUUGCAUCAAUAAAUUCCAUUGUUUUACCUUUUAUUUAA